AUGUGCGGUAUAUUGGGUAUAAUAUUGGCUGAAGAUGCCAGUCCAGCUGAAGGCUUAGCGGGCAUAGCCGUCGAUGGUCUUAUGGACCUGCAGCAUCGAGGUACUGAAAGCUCAGGUUUGGUUGGAACCGAUGGUGUUCACAGGAAUCAAUUCGAUAUUGUUAAGGGCAGUGGUCUCGUCCGAGAAAUUUACAAUGCUGAGAAUUUAAGCAAAUUCAAAGAUUCAAUUGCAAUGCUUGGUCAUAAUCGCUAUUCAACGGCUGGUAUGAAGGACGCAAUCAAUUGCGUACAACCGUUUGUCGUUUAUACGUCCGUUGGCUUGGUAGCGAUUGCUCACAACGGAGAAUUGGUGAAUACGAAUGAGAAACGCAGUGAAGUUCGCUUUUUGAUUCAGACACUUGUCGAUUGUUAA